CAACAAACAAGAAAUACCACCGCCGAUAUCUUCGCAUUAUAAAACCCAGCUAAAGGACUAGUCAUCCGGAUCUAAAUAUGUAUACAGAGUUAUUAAGACAACAGCCUAGAUUACAUCAAUCUAUUAUCUCAUGUCUGUUCAAUUGUUGGUUAAGCUAAGUUUGCCAGGCUAUACGAGACUCGUGAAUAUAACCUCAAUUUACUUAAGCCGAGUAUACCCUUCGAAUAUUUCUAAUCCCGUAUGGCAUAGCGGAUACCUGGCUAGGUAAGUAGUUCUCGGGGUCCAGCCUAUACUUAUGCCGACAGCGGAAUGCCAAGGGUUGCAAGAGAUCGGCUUAGAUGCACCGAACGAGCGCAACAAAUGGCCCCGCGCUCCUCGCCUGACCUAGUAUAUUAUUUAGGCGCUACCAGAAUCAUUCAACUCACAAGUAUACUAGAAUUGGUGUAGAGGAUAAAUACCUACAUGUAGGUUAUAUUAUAACAUUAUAUUUACCAUGUCAUUCCCCAAAGUUCCUCCUAGCGGCAUCUGGGCGCCGGCCGUGACUUUCUUCGACCCCGAAACCGACAAUCUAGACACGGAGUCUCAAGCAACAUACUAUUCAUACCUUUCUAAGACUGGUCUCGCUGGUCUAGUCAUCUUAGGAACCAAUGCCGAGACUUUUCUUCUCACCCGUGAGGAACGAAAGACGCUGCUCCAGACGGCCCGUAAGGCAUGCGGACCGGCUUACCCCAUCAUGGCGGGCUGCGGUGGACAUUCUACACGCCAAGUGUUGGAAUUCAUCACCGACGCGGCAGAAGCCGGGGCUAACUACGUACUUGUCUUACCCCCGGCAUACUUCGGCAAGGCGACCACCCCGGCCGUAAUCGACAAUUUCUACGCCGAAAUCGCUACCAAGAGCCCUCUCCCCAUAGUAGUGUACAACUUCCCGGGGGUCUGCAACGGCGUGGAUUUAGACUCGGCUACUAUCGCGAAGCUCGCGAACACCCACAGCAACAUUGUCGGUGUGAAGCUAACCUGCGGCUCUGUAGCCAAGAUCACACGUCUUGCUGCCGAAUUAUCGUCGGAGCGUUUUGCAACUUUCGGAGGACAGUCAGAUUUCCUAAUCGGAGGUCUCAGCGUCGGCUCCGCGGGAUGCAUCGCCGCGUUCGGCAAUGUUUUUCCGAAAGCUAUUGUGCAGAUCUACAAGCUGUUCAAGGAAGGAAAGUAUCAGGAGGCGCUAGCCUUACACCAGAAGGCAGCAUUGGCAGAGCAGCCCUGUAAAGCUGGCAUUGCUGCGACGAAAUAUGCCGCGGCGAUUCAUACGGCAAAGGCGGCGGGUAUCGAGGGCGCGGUGGAGAAGUUGAAGCCGAGACGGCCUUACAUAGAGCCUACUGAUGCGGCUAAGAAGAAUAUCAAAGCUCAGAUGGCGGAGUUGGCAGCGAUAGAGAGUACACUAUAGUAUCAACCAGGGUAGCGCGCCUUGUUCUCUACGUAAAGAUAGAAGAUAUAAG